AUGAAGCUGCAGGCGGUGCUGGAGCAGCUGCAGAAACAGCAACAGCAGCAGCAGCAGCAGCAACAACAGCCGGCGGUGUCCAUGGAGUGCCGGGAGCGCCGCCGCGAGCCGCAGGUGCCCUUCCCCGCCCCGCCGCCCUUCCCCGGCCGCGCCCCGGCAGUGCCGCCCGCCGUCCCCGCCGCUGUCCCCGCCGCGGGCAGAGCCCCCGCGGCAGCCGGCCGGCACCACGAGCACAGCAGCGGCAACUCCGAGGAGGAGGAUGAGGAGGAGGAGGAGGACGAUGAAGAGGAGGAUGAAGAAGACGGCGCUGAGCUGGAGGAUGACCCCGCGGUGCCCGGCCAGGAGAGCCGCUCUGCGCUGCCGUGUUUCCGCGCUCCCAAAGGCGCCCACGGCAAGGGCAGGGCGGGCUGCGGUGCCAGCCCCGCGGCGGGCACCCAGCAGGGCAGGGAGGAGCCGGGCACGGAGCCCGCCCCGCGCUGCGCAGCGCCCUCGGGCCGCCCCGGCUGGCGCCUGGAUGAGCCGCUCAAACAGAACGGCGGCGGGAGCUGGAGCGACGAGGGCGACGGCGGCCGGGGAAGGGAGAUCUCCCGAGACUUUGCCAAGCUGUACGAGCUGGACAGCGACCCUGAGAGGAAGGAGUUCCUGGAUGAUCUCUUCAUCUUCAUGCAGAAGAGGGGAACUCCCAUCAACAGGAUCCCCAUCAUGGCCAAGCAGAUCCUGGAUCUCUACAUGCUCUACAAGCUGGUGACAGAGAAGGGUGGGCUGGUGGAGAUCAUCAACAAGAAGAUCUGGAGGGAAAUCACCAAAGGCCUUAACCUGCCCACCUCCAUCACCAGCGCCGCCUUCACCCUGCGCACACAGUACAUGAAGUACCUCUAUGCCUACGAGUGUGAGAAGAAGUCCCUGAGCUCCCCGGCCGAGCUCCAGGCCGCCAUCGACGGCAACCGGCGCGAGGGCCGGCGGCCCAGCUACAGCUCCUCACUGUUCAGCUACUCCCCAUCCCCGCCGGGGCCUCCUUCCCUGCUGUCCCCCCCCAAAAUCCGCUUCCCCAUCAUCGGCGUGGCGCCGGGCAGCGCCACCGGCAACCCCCGCGUCUCACCGGCCCUCAGGAAAGGUGACGGCGUGCCGCUGACGGUGUCCAUGCCGAGCCGCGUGGCCGUGCCGGUGACACUGGGUGGCCAGCAGGCCUCGGUGGCAGCCAGGACGGCCACGCUGGAGCAGCUGAGGGAAAGGCUGGAGGCGGGAGAGCCCCCGGAGAAGAAGGUGCCGCGCAUGACGGAGGAGGAGCAGCGGCUGGUGCAGCAGGCCCUGCAGCGCAACCUGUUCAGCAUGGCCCGGCAGCUCCCCAUGAAGAUCAAAAUCAACGGAAAAGACAAGGCAGACUCGGCGGCGGCGGCGCUGAAUCUGUCCCCGAACGGCAUCGGCAGCAUCAACAUGUCCGUGGAGAUCAACGGCACCACCUACGCUGGGGUGCUGUUUGCCCAGAAGCCCGUGGUGCAGCUCCUGGCCGGCUCGGGCACGCAGAGCUCGUGCAGCAGCAGCUCCAGCAGCUCCAGCAGCAGCUCCAGCAGCUCCCACUGCUCCCCCAGCCCUACCUCAUCGCGGGGCACGCCCGGCGCAGAGCCCUCCACCAGCUGGUCCCUGUGACGGGCACUGCCCAGGAGUGCACACAUACCUCACCUCAAGGAACCUGCUCUCGUGGCUGCACAGCACCUGGAGGAUGAUGAUGAUGGUGGUGGUCGUGGUGAAACCUUUCCAUGCCAGCGAGUUUUACUUCAUCGUCUCUUUGUCCGGCCUUGUUUUGACUUUUUUCCCUCCUCCCCCCUUUCCUUCCUCCCUUUUGCUCUUUGGUUCCUCCUCCUC